AAUUAUAGCACGCGCAACGGCUUCCGCUCCAUCAUUUUACCGUUUGACAGCUACACACCACGUUUGUCAUGAAAUUCACACUUCAACUGCACAUAUUCAGGGAAGACGCGCUCCCGAAGAACAAUACACACACACACACACACCCUUUGCCAAUGCGGCUCCUUGGCGCUGGAAAUUGAUCAGUAGAAGUACUGCUGUAGCCUAUCAUUAGCCAACGGUGACAUUCACUAAGCUGCGCGCUCAGACUGGCAGGUUGCUGUACUAGCACUAUGGAGGACAACCCCAAGGAUGAUAGUGCCGCGAAAGGACAGGAAUCGAUUUCAUACCAACGAAGAAUGUGGAAGAAUUUCCAAGACAAAACCAAACCGUUUUUGAGCCCCAAACUGGGCUCUGGGCGUCGCAGUCCCGACAGUAAAAAGGAGACCGGGUUAUGGAUGUUUAAAAGGAAAAAGAAAGAGUUAGACCGUUUCUUUUCGUCCUCACAGCCCAAUCUCUGCUGCUCUACCCCGACGCCUUUCCCGGUUGACCAGUCCCUCGAUGGUAGAGCGCCUGGGAGCAGCAGCACCGGGCAACCUCUGCAUCAGCUACUGGGGGCUGAUAGAGCGUCCGCGAGCAAGCCAGAGCUAACGGGACAUGACAGCCCGAAGCUCAUCGUCUCCCAUUUAAUCCUGUCCCAUCAGAAGAGCUCCUCUCUCGGCUCUGCAUGCUUCGAGGAGCUGGUAGUAGAAUCUUCGGUCGUUGGAGAGGAGGAACAGUUGCGCAAAAACGCCAGUGAUUCUGUGAGUAGGCUAACGUGAAUAUAAACAGCGUGCCACACAUCUCCAAAAGCGACCUUCAGGAUAUUUGUGAAUAGACAUUAAUACGCAGUUAAAGUGUCAAUUUAUGGAUAAUCACCAUUGUUAUUGUGCAAUUUGAACUCAGCUUAAACACAAUAUACAUGCUCCUAAAAAAGGUGGUAAUUGUAGGCUAACAGCAGUGGCGAUCCUAC